AGUUUAAUAGAUUCAGUAGACUCGUGCAGUACAAGAUGUUGGGUAGAGUUUUAGCAGUCAGUUGUAUAUUUUUGGUGGCAUACCAUCAUGGUGCAGCUGCUCGCGAUGUUCCCACUUCCGAAGAGAUAUCUAGAGCCGGUGGAUGUACGGUCCCGUUCGCUGACCUACCGUACCCGGAGCAACCGCUCAUACUGAUCCCCGGGACGGAGAAGUACUGGUACCCACUGGACGAAACCCGCGAGAUCCUAGUCCCAACCGGUGCCCCAAUCGAGCUGGCAUGUCAGCAAGGCUUUCGACUCUUUCCCACCUGUGGGGGAUUUGGGGUUAGAUGUGAUAUGCACUUUUAAUUGUCCGAACACUGUA